AUAUAAUGACAGAUCGGAAUUUUUGGGGUUAUGUACCUGAUCAACACACUUCUCUAUUUUGAUUAAGGUUUAAAGUCGUACGCGAUGGUGUCAGAGCGUAAGUCCAUGGAUUAUCGAAAUAAACUAAUUCUGGCUCCAAUGGUACGAGUCGGCACUCUACCAUUUCGUCUGCUAUCAUCCCGGUACGGCGCUGACAUUGUCUACACAGAAGAGUUGAUCGAUUGGAAACUGUUGAAAACUACCAGGAAAAUCAACGAUAUUUUGGGAACAGUCGAUUUUGUUGACGAAACCGAUGGAACCAUAGUAUUUCGUACGUGUGCAGAGGAACGACAAAAAGUUGUUCUACAAAUGGGAACAGCGUCGGCAGAACGGGCGUUGCAAGUGGGAAAGUUGGUGGAAAAUGACGUAGCAGCAAUUGACAUCAACAUGGGAUGCCCGAAAGAAUUUUCUGUGAAAGGUGGUAUGGGCAUCGCACUGCUCAACAAUGCUGAGAAUGCGAAAAAGAUUUUGAAAACGCUAGUGGACGGACUGACCAUUCCGGUUACCUGUAAAAUUCGAAUAUUUCCUGACAUCGAACGAACAAUCAGUUUGGUGAAAGAAUUUGAAGCGAUUGGAAUCAGUGCGAUCGCAGUUCACGGCCGAACGAGACAAGAGCGACCUCAGCACAAGGUUCACGCCGAUAUGAUACGGAAAGUGGCCGAGAAUUUAGACAUUCCAGUUAUAGCGAACGGCGGUUCCAAUCAAAUUAAAACGUACGACGACAUUUUCAAAUUUAAAGAGAACAGCGGUACGUCAAGCGUUAUGGUCGCUCGGGCCGCCCAGUGGAAUCCGUCGAUAUUUCAGAAUGGUCCUCUGAUGCCUCUGGACGAUGUGAUCAAAGAAUUGUUGAAAUUGUCAAUUGAAUUCGACAACUCGCCAUCAAAUACCAAAUAUUGUGUCCAGAUGAUGCUGAGAGAAUUGCAGGAAACGCCACGAGGAAAAAAGUUUUUAGAAUGCCAAACAUUGGAAGAGAUAUGUGACAUUUGGGAACUGGGCCGCUAUUGUCGAGAGAAACAACUGGAAUACCAGGAACGUGGCAGUGCCAGUAGACGUAAUGUGAUACCCGGGAAACUGUUACAGAAACAGAAUGAGGACGAACCGGCGGCGAAAAAGAUUAAAUUCGACGAUGAUGUCAUCGAACGCAAUGUGGCAUUCUUCCGAACACAUUAUGAAGACGUGCGUGAUCUACCGAAAAGUGUAUUGCACGCGCAUGCCGUACGGAAUUUCAAACCGAUACCGGUCUAUCGAACGCAGCAACAGGAUCGCCUGUUUCGGACCGUUGUCGAAUUUGGCAAAAAGAAGUACUCCAGUUUGUAUUGGGAGAAGAAUAAGCGAUUUGCCGAGCAGGGUGCGGCUCUGGUGUGCAUUCUAAAUUUAGGAUUAAUCGACGAAGAUGUUCUGAUCAAGAAGGGCAGCAUUUUACAAUGACAAAAAAUGCGUUGGAUGCAACGGAUUCAUUUGUAAAUAAUUUAUUUUUGUUUCGUUUUCGUUAAAAAUCGAAAUCAUUAUAGACCUACAAGGCAUA